AUGUCCACCACUACACCCUCGUCGCUGUGGGACUACACCGCCGAUGCAAAGGCGCUCUUUGCACUAUCCGACAACGACCUUAUCGAGCUCAUUAACAAGGACUUUAAGCAUGAGCUGAAGCGUCUCACGCGGGCCUAUGCGAUCCGGAGCGGGGAGCCGACCGUGACCGACAAGCCGUCCCCAUCGCAUAUCCUGUUCGACGCCGACUACGACGAGGUGAACCGCACGCUCAUCGGCAUCCUGGCCCUCAAAUGGAUCCACAACGGCAAAUAUGACACCUUCAUCGCCAACCAGGACAAGACGAAGCCGCUGUCGCGCAAGUCCUUCGAGUGGAUGCAGAACUUCUUUAAGGACGCAUUCAGUUGCCAGAGUGAUCUCUACGCCCUCAUCACCUCCCUGAUUAUCAACGACCUGGGCAAGGACCCCGAGCUCGCCGUGGAUUAUCAGCUUAAAACUAAGGAGGACAUCUCAUCCUCCAACCACGACCUGAUUCUGUUCAAGGUCGUCAGUGUCGGCCUCGUCAAGUGCCUAAAAGGCCCGGCCCAUCUGCCGCAGAAGAACGUCGACGACAUCGUGCGCGGCAUCAGGCUCGGCGCUGACUUCAACUUCGCCCAGCUCGUUCAGGCCGAGAACGUUCCAGCUUGUCUCUCAGGCCUCCGCGACAUGCGCGGUCAUGAGCACGCCUUUGACCUCCGAUUUAUGGAGCAGCUGCUGGAUGUUGCAGGCGCAGGCGGUCAUAUGGACUGGACCUGUGUCUCGAGGCUGACCGAGCCCCUCUUUUCCGCCUGGCGUAACGUCUACGACGCCACAGCGUGCAUCGUCAAGGGCGACCUGAAUCUCCGCGCAGGCUACGACAUGAUCUUGUCUUGGCAGGGCGAACUCCUUCGCAAAAGCGGGUUUCGGCAACUCCACAUCAGCAAUGAGGAGGAGCGCGCCUUUUCGCGCAUCCUGUGCUUGGGCAACGUCGACAACCUCGAGAAGGCGCAGCUUUACGACCAAGUGUGGUCCUCACUAGACACCAAGGUCAAGCAGUCGCUCAUCCACUCCUUGAAUAUAGAUGGCUCGGUCGACAAGCCCGCCGUGCAACCGACCUAUAUGCCGGCGUUCCUCACCGAAGUCGUCAUGGUUGGAGGCUCGGCUGCCUUGACAAGUGCACUGCGUUAUCUCUCGCGCGUCUUGUCGGGCCCUGAGAGGCUGGAAGGGUCUGUGAGUGUCAUCGAGCGAGACGUACGAGGUACGUUCCAGAGGGUUGUGCAGGGCCCCGAUUUCGAACAAGAUCCGACCAUCUUAGAGAAGGAGCCAAUACCCAGCAGUGUUCCUGCAAAGGUCGAGGCAUCGAGUGAUAGCUGA